AUGGUAUGGAGUCGCAUCAUUUUGCCGGACACCCCUUCGCUCGCGCUCGACAACCUAGCGGGCACUGAUCCGGCUGGUUACGCUGGCCUUGAGGAUGGUGUCGAUUGGCACUGGGAUCGCAUCUUUGCAGGUGCCGCGUUGACGACAUUGCUGGGUGUCGGCACGGAGUUGGCCGCACCGGAGAAUCGCCAAAACGGUGAUCGCGUCAUCAUCGCAGGGCGUGACAGCAUGCAGGACAGCGUGAAUGAGGUCGGGCAGGAGAUGACCCGACGCAACCUCAACAUCCAGCCAACGCUAACUGAGCGCCCCAGAUUGCCGGUCCGCGUCAUCGUCAAUCGCGAUCUGAUUCUGGGGCCGUAUCAGCCUCUGUUCUUCGAUCGGGGGAUAUCAAGA